AUGCCGUUCUCCGUUCAUUCAACGCUGGAGAAGCACAUGAGAAAAUGUGUGGUGAAUAACAGUCAGUCAGUAGCUCGUGACGCUUCUCCAGCAGCAGAUCGACCUCGUCCGACUCCAUCCGCUCUAGCCGAUGCCACUUCAUUGCUAGCUCUCUCGAAUCCACCACAACAACCACCAUCUUCGGUGUCGCAGAGCAAUCAGAUCGUUCUCAAUUGGCUUCAGGCAUUGAACGUCUCUCACGCUCCUGUGCGUCAACCACUGACUUCCGUUGGAUCUCUCGGUGCCAAGGAGGAAUUCCAGGAAGUCGACGAGGACAUGGAGGACUCGGAAGCUUCUGAGCUUAACGAGAGGCUUAAGAAGGAAGCAGCCGAGUCGUCAGCUGUCAGCGUCUGA